AUGGCACCUUUGAUAUCAUUUUUGAAAAUUAUAUUUCUGAAGUCAAUAAUAUAUGAAAAUUGUUUAACAGAUAACGUAGAGGAUUGUAUAUAUACUGAUUUUACUGUUGUUGGAUUAACAAACGGCACGUUAGAUAGGUGUGGGUCAGAUCCUCAUAAUUUAUAUAUAGGCCCAUAUGGAUAUUAAAGUUAAGUAAGUAAAACUUUUACGAAUGUUCCACCAAACAAUUUAAUUGAAUGGUAGGUUGGAAUAUGGAAAAUGGACUCUUGGGAUAUGGAAGGAUUGGAGUUUUAUGCAAAUGAUAUAUAAUUAGAGAGCCUAUACUUGAACUUACAUGAUGGCACUAUGAUAUGUCGAAAUGAUAUUUGGGAGGAUCAAUACACACCUGUAAUCAGAAAGUUUAAAAUAUCAGGGACUGAUCUAACUAUCAAAAUUAAAGAUAAUUUACAAACUCAAAAUUGGGGUCCAGGGCUUGAAAAUUUCUGGGAUGGUAUCAAAUGGUUAAUAUUUAGAAUCUUGGGGAUUUAGGGAUGUAAUUUUGAGUCUUGCUGUACCUUGUGUUAGUUUUUACAGUGAAUGUAAUUACGCUGGAACAUUAUUUUAAAUAUGUAAAGGAGAAUAAUCCAAGAUGCUUGACGAUAUCCCUUUUGAAAUAAAAUCGAUAUAAAUGGGUCCUGGAAUUAUUGUUAAAUUGAAAGGUCCAAAUUAUUUUGGAGGAGUUUUAUAAGAAAUUACUGCUUCAACUUCUUGCUUGGAUGCCUUCUAAGUAUUUUUCUAUAAUUUUAUAUUUUAGUUUCCUAAUGUUAUUCUAAAAGAAUGA